UUUACUCUAUGGUUCACAAAUGCGAACCGAGUUAACUCGGUGCGUACCUAUUUAUUUUUGAUUAAAAUAUAAGAAAAUUAAAUAACUAAUUUACAAAAUGAAUAGGACCUUGCUCUCACGAGCGCUGCUGCUGAACAGCAUAAGGAAUACAGCUAAAAACUCCAAGCAAUCUACCAGGAAUUCUGGACAUGGUUCUUGGUCAUACCGUGUACCUCCACCAAUGCCUUCCAAAAGUGUGGAGAUGAAAGCUAACAUUAUUGGUGGACUCUGCUGGUGGUGGAUCCUUCACCAUAUCUUUACUGAACCGGAACAUAUUUAUGGAGAAUGGCCUUACAUUGACCCAAGCACCUGGACUGAUGCCGAGCUGGGCAUCCCUCCUGAUUCAGCGGGCCCUCUGAAGAAAGAAUAGAUUUUAUUUAUCAAAUUCAUUAGCUUGCUGCAAGACAUACUUUUAUGUGAUAACUAGAAGAAAUACAAUUGCAGAAUAAGCUAAUGAUUGUACAGAUUUAAUUAAUUUAAAUGUAGCAUGAUUCAAUAAUGUUAUAAAUAAAAAACAAAAAUGUUUUCUCUAGCUGA